ACAGAUUUGAAUGUGGCUUGGAUAUGGAAAAUUCUGUCUACAAAUUGUUUAACAACGCAUGUUCUAUGAGAGCUUAUUCGCGCUGCACUGGGAACGAAUACAUUCCUGUACCAUUGAGUUCAUGUAUGAAGAGACAUAAUAGUAUAAUUAUAAGAAAAAUGUUUAGGACUUUGUACGAUGAAGUUUGUCCUACAUUUUGUCCUGAAUACUACCGCCCUGUCUGUGGUGUAUCAAAACUGAGGGAUUACGAAUAUAAAACAUUUAGAAACGGUUGUUAUUUAGAUUUGGUUAACUGUCGAGGCAUGGAAGAUUUUUCUUACCAAGAAGUUUCUUUGAAAUAUUGUCCAAAUCAUUACAUGAAAAAUAUAUUUACGGAGCAACUCAUUACCAGUAACAUGAACACGUACAAGGAGUUUUUGUCUUGA